AUGAUCUUAGAAGGUUUGCUGAUGUUCCUCGGUAGCGAAGUGAACAGACCGAAUUCCGAUGGCGAUACUCCCAUGCAUCUGGCCGCUAGAGGGCAACAUGCUGCCUGUCUAGAUCGACUUUUGAAUACAAAUCAUCUUCACAGCAAUAUCCAGAACGCCAGUGGUGACAGUCCUAUGCAUAUCGUUUGUGCUCUACCCGAAUCACCAACAAAAAUCGCAAUGGUUGGACGAUUGUUGGCAAAUGCAAGGCUAAAUCUACAUCUAUACAAUGAAGAUGAGCUCACUCCUGUCCAUAUUGCUAUUUCUAAGGAUUAUUACAAAACUAUGGAACUCAUUAUGCAAUCGAGACCACAACAACUGAACGCGGAUACUGGAAAUGGAUUUCCACCAUUGUUACUGGCAGCUUUUUAUGGUAGAAGAAAAUGUACAGAAUCACUAAUUGAGAAGGAAAAGAAAGAGAAAAAAGCGGCAAAAAUAAGGGUCAAAUCCGAUGACCAUAGUAAUCAUUCGCUGAACGCUGAUGUCAAUCGUUUUUCAAAACUUGGCCGAACGGCACUUCAUCUGGCCUUGGAAACAUGGCAAGGGUCUGUAGAUAAGGAUAUGGACAGAUUGGCUUGCGUGCAAGCCCUGGUACAAGCCGGUUGCCCCCUCAACGCUCAAGAUUGUGACGGUCAGACUGCGCUACAUCUCCUUGUCAGAGAGCUGAAUCGUCUGACGCAGACAUCACGUGAAUGUAACGUUGGCGAUUUGCCAAACAGUGUUUUCUUUACGAUAAAUACCUGCAGUGAUUUGAUAAAUAUGGGCGGGGUGGGAGGAGGGAGAAGGGAACAAGGAUCGUUUCGGGGUAUCCGUACUCGAUGGAUGUUUGGAUGA